AAACUCCGACAGACUUUGGCGAUAGGCUGAUGACAACUUGAUUACAACCACAUAUUCACGGAAUAGUCAAAUGAUCGUACAUUUGGCCUUUUUUUGGAAUAUGUUUCGUACAUCGUACAGAGAGCAAAAUUAUCGUACAAAUACGAUAAUUAUCGUACACCUGGCAACACUGCUUCCAUGUGAAAUUGCUCGGUCAGGAACCGUCCUAAAGAGAAGGUAGUUUCCUACCGAACCUGAGUGGUACGGGACAGGAAGUCUGUGUGUGUGUGUGGUUAUGGUUGUCCACGGAUAGAAAAGCUAUCUCGUCAGUGUUUUAGUUAUUCCGUCGUUGUGUUGGUGUUGAGGAAGCUUCUGUACCCAGCGCAGGUUGCUUCUCUAAAGCUGUGUUAACAUUAAAACAGGCUUCCAGGGAGCACCGCUGCUGCAUCCUAUUCUUCUCUCCUCCGAAGGCUUCCUUCCCCUUAGCACUAUGAGUUACUCUGACUACGAUUCUGACGGAUAUCUGUCACAUGAAGAUGCUGACUAUGUUCCCUCAGAUGAUAACCUCAGUGAGGAUGACAUUAAUGACUGUGAGAAGGAAGAGCCUCUCAACGAGGAUGACGGUGUGCAACAUUCUGACCAUGUCCUCAAGAUGAAAAAUAAAAGAAAGGACAUCAGCAUGAAGAAGAAAAGGAAGAAGUUAAAGCGGGAAGAGAAGGAUGGGACUGAAGAGGCUCAGCUGCCAAAGGAAGACAAUGAUGAUGAAGAGAAACGAAAGAAGAAAUCAGAUGAUCUCUGGGCGACUUUCCUGUCCGACGUCGGAUCAAGACCCAAAGAAUCUGCACCUGACUGCCGGGCAGAGACCACAAAGGAGACUGAACCUUCAGUGUUAAAGGGGACUUCUUUAAGUACAAAAACCAAAGCACCAGGACCUGCUAAAGUCACCAUCACUAAAGUGUUUGACUUUGCUGGAGAAGAAGUUCGGGUGAAUAAGGAGGUAUCAGUUGAUUCAAGGGAAGCUAGGAGUUAUCUGAAGAGUCAGAGCGCUCAACAGGAGGAAGAUGAAGAGACGAGCUCAUCACCCAUGCAGCCAUCUCUUCCUGGUCCCAGUGAUUUCAGUGCUAAGCGUCCAGCAGGCAUGUCAAGCAUCCUCAGUCGUAUAGGAGGUAAGAAACAAAAGAUGAGCACACUGGAAAAAUCAAAGAUGGACUGGGAUGCUUUUAAAUCUGAAGAGGGCAUCACUGAGGAGCUGGCUAUCCACAACAGAGGCAGAGAAGGGUAUGUGGAGCGGAAGAACUUCUUGGAGCGUGUCGACCACCGACAGUUUGAGCUGGAAAAAGCAGUCCGACUGAGCAAUAUGAAACGAUGACACAUUGAUGAUCAACACACUCACAUGCAGAGCAGAGUAGCACAGGGAUUUGAAUUUGUGUAACUUGUUUUUUUCCCCUGACAGAGUUAACGUUCAUCCUGUACUAAGAGAUCUAACUGGAUCUGUGGCCUAUUUCAGGGUGUGUAUAUAAAUAGGUUGAGGAACAACCUAUUUAUAGGUUGUUUGUUGGUUGUUCAACACCCUUCCGUGUAAUGAAGGGGUGUUGAUGCCUCUUGGCCUUCAAUCCUUGUGAGAAUCAGUUUGCGUUUGCUACUUUUACAGCAGCACACAUCAGUUAUCAGACUAAUUAUCUCUUGAGCUAAUGUUGAAUUAGCCUGACAAAUGACAUGUGACCCUACAGCAUUCCAAACAUUUCCUCAUUUAGGUCAAAUAAAGUGACAUAGCUGAACUGCUGUACAGGUGCACACGACUGGCUGUUCUGUUUGUUCAAGAAUCAGAUUAAAGACCAGAAAAAUUAAUCGUUCUGGUUUGUCCUUACAUUUGUAUAUUGUUAUUGAUUCCUGUGUCAUACCACAUAAGCAACCUGGAUGUGUUAAAACAGCAGUUAGACAUUCCACAAGGAUCAGAAAUCAAAGUGGAUCUUGAUUAGAAUGUGGUUAUGGAAGGCUGUACUUUAACUACAGCUUAUAACUGAACCAUACUUCGUAGAAUGGUCUGUGUGGUUAAACCUGUAAAUAUAUGGUUAAUAAUCUACACAGAAUCUCCCUUUAAACAGUCAUUGGUUGCAGCACAAUGGAGGCUCUUUCUUACUGACCCUUGGACAAUCUCGAUUGGAGGCUCAGAACCAUGUCAGCAGGGCAUAGACGUUAACUUUGACUGUUCCAUCCCCCUUUCUUUCACACAAGGCACACACCCCUGCCUUGAAAAUGACUUUUAAAUGGGUUUUUUUAGUCCUGUGUGCUUGUUUUGUUUCCUUGUUUAAAACAAAUAAGUUCCUAAAUGAUUUGUGUAACUAAACGUCAUUUUCUGCAUUUUCUUUGUUUUAGAUCAAAAUAAAUAGUUUUUUUUUACACUAA